CCAGACGGCAGCGGCGAUGGCUCCGCAGUGACGGUUGGAGCUAACGGUCGCUAUUGACAUUGCGGCGCGGAUCGCGGCGGCCGACCCGGCCCCGCUCGGCGGCGCCCGCCCCGCGGCCACCCGGCCAGCAGCCACCGGCCCCGCGGAGGAGGCGGCGGCGGCGCCGCGGUGAUGCGGCCGCGCUGAGGCCCAGGUGCAUCCGCCUCCCUCCCUCCCCUCCCUCCCUCCCUCCCUCCCUCCCUCCCCCGCCGCCGGAUCGGGCAGCGCGGCCCGGCCCGCCGCCGCCCUGAGCUGGCUUCGCCGUUCCUCCCUGCGGCCGCCGCCAUGGCGGGCCGCCGCUGAGGAAGCGUCCGCUCGGAGGGGAGGGCGGCCCGGCAUGGCCCGCAGCCUGGAGUAGCCGCGCCGCCGCCUCCUCCCUGCGCUGUGCGGCUGCGGGCGGGCCGAGGCCGCUGCUCGGGAGCGAGGCCCCGCUGGAGGCGGAGGAGGAGCCAGCGCGGCCCCUCUGACAGGGCCGCCGGGCCGCCGCGGCCUCCGCGCUGCCGCCGCCGCCGCGCGGCUCCAGGUGGCCCCGGACCAAGGUGACACCCGGCCUGCCGCCCCCGCCCCGGGGCCACCUGCCCCCUCGGCCGGCACGGCCUCGGCGCCGCGCUUUCUUCUCACCCCGGAGCCGGCGGCGUGCGAGCGGCUGCGAUGAACCCGGUGAAUGCCACUGCUCUCUACGUUUCAGCGAGCCGCCUGGUGCUCAACUACGACCCUGGGGAUCCCCAGUCCUUUACCGAGAUUAACAAGCUCCUGCCCUACUUCAGGCAGUCCCUCUCCUGCUGCGUUUGCGGAAAUUUGCUACAAGACCCUAUUGCUCCUACCAACUCCACGUGUCAGCAUUAUGUCUGCAAAACUUGUAAAGGCAAGAAGAUGAUGAUGAAACCGUCAUGUAGCUGGUGCAAGGACUACGAACAGUUUGAGGAGAAUAAGCAGCUAAGCAUCUUAGUGAACUGCUAUAAGAAACUCUGCGAAUACAUAACGCAGACUCCACUGGCACGAGAUAUAAUCCAGGCAGUCGAUUGUUCUGCAGAUCUUUUGGCUUUGCUCAAAGAUGGCUCACCACUCCACGAAGAGACAGACAAAUCUUCCGAUACAGCCUUGGCUUUGUGUUUGACACAUUCCCCAGUACCUUCAACCUCAGAACUCACACCCGAUCCUCCAGCUAGUUUUACGUCAAUACCUGAAAGCACACACAACAUUGAUAUUAGAGGUUCUGUUAUCAACGGGUUGCCCAAUUGUAAUGGGCUUUCAGUAGAUAAACUCGGAGUGAAUAUUCCUUCUCCUGAACACGCAAACACAAUUGAUGUCUGUAGUACUGGAGAGUAUAUAAAAACUGAAGAUAUCUCUAGCAGCCUGCAGCCUGUGUGCGAUACAGUUUCUACUAGUGACUUGUGCACGACAGGCAUUGACAUCUGCAGUUUCAGUGAAGAUAUAAAACCAGGCGGCUCGCUCCUCCUUAGCGUUGAGGAGGUGCUCCGGAGCUUAGAGACCGUUUCAAAUACUGAAGUCUGUGAUUCUAAUUUGCAGCCCAGCUUGGAAGCGAACAUGACUAACGGCCCUUUCCUGCAGCUUUCUCCCCCGCCCCUUAGCCAUAACAUUUUCAUGUCCACAGAUGCUUCUCCUCACGGAAUCUCCUGUACGGCGGCGACGCCUAAGGUAGUUAAGUUAAACAGAAAGCGAUCUCGAUCAGAAAGCGACAGCGAAAAGGUUCAACCUCUGCCCAUCUCCAGCAUCAUCUGUGGCCCAACAUUGGGAGCAUCGGCUCCGGUAACAGUGAAACAGGAAAAUAAAAUGUCUUUGCAGCCUAUCGCAACUGUACCUAAUGGAGGCACUACUCCCAAAAUAAGUAAAACUGUGCUCCUGUCUAACAAAAGCAUGAAAAAGAAUUUGGAACAUGCCCCUAAGAAAUCCCACCCAAAAGCCAAACCAGGGGUGCUGAAAACAAAAGACAAAGCAAAGGAGAAAGUUCCUAGCAGUAACGUUAUGCCAGGAAGCCCAACAAAAACUGUGUAUAAAAAGCCACAAGAAAAGAAAGGGUGUAAAUGUGGUCGUGCCACCCAAAAUCCAAGUGUUCUUACAUGCCGUGGCCAACGCUGCCCUUGCUAUUCUAACCGCAAAGCCUGCCUUGACUGCAUAUGCCGUGGCUGCCAAAACUCCUACAUGGCUAACGGGGAGAAGAAGCUGGAGGCAUUUGCAGUGCCAGAAAAGGCCUUGGAGCAGACUAGGCUUACUUUGGGCAUUAAUGUGACAAGCAUUGCGGUGCGCAAUGCCAGCACAAGCACCAGUGUAAUCAAUGUGACAGGGUCACCAGUAACGACGUUUUUAGCUGCCAGUACACACGACGAGAAAAGUUUGGAUGAAGCUAUAGACAUGAGAUAUGACUGUUGAAUCUUUCUUUCUUUUCCCUGCCAUCAGUAGGGGAACUGCUACAGUUUUAUGGCAGCUAUGGUUCUGUUUAACUUGCUGGAGCUCCUGCGUUUAGAUCACUUGUAUCAAGUGUUUUUCAUUGCUAUGUUAUGUGUAUUAGUGUCUGGGAAAUAGUUGCAGAUAAUGGAGGAGUUACCCUAAAACUGUUUUUAGUUCUUACAGCACCUCAUAGUUUGAGAUCAAUUGCUGAUGUAAAUGAUUUUAUCACAAGAUCUUUGGCAAGGAAUAUAUUUAACCUCAUUGUACUCGGUCAUGCUUUGUGCUCAGUCAAAGCUUCUGCUUAAAUGUAGAAAAGUGGUAUCUAGUUAGUCCAUCUAAACUGUGCUAGAUUGUGGCGUAGAAGAAUAAUUAUUGAUUACUUACAGUCACCAUUACUAGGAAAUAACCUUGUGUUCCUGUAGGGAACUCAGCACUGAGCUGGAGAAUACAGUCUGAAAAGGGUAGAUCAUUUCUGAUGGAGAGAAUUGGUUAGCUGCUCUAUGGAACAGUUUAAAAAAUAAAUAAAACCAGAUCAGUAAAUAUGCUGAGGAAGCCGAUAGCCCAAAAAGCAGCUCAAUCUCCAGACAAGGCUCAGGAAGAUCAGUUGGUUCAACGCAAAGGUCGAACCACUGACGCGGACGCACCGUCUCCAUUAACAUUAUUCAUUUUUUGUUUUCUUGACAAUCCCACUGGUCCCGUUCCUGGUCACUUGUGCCCUCGGUGCCAGCCCUGUCUGUUUGACGUGUUACUGACUUUUGGCUGGGGGGAGAAAAUUACUGGUUUUUUUUUUCCACCCCCCUUUUUGGUGGCGUUUUUGUUUUUGAGUUCUGCUGUUUUUACUGCUGUUGCCUCUAGAAAAGAGGGGGGUUUGUAGGUUAAAGAGAGACCCCUUGUCUGAUUAUCAUUCCCCCUCCCCGCUGCUGCUCAGUGCCUGGGAUACACAGACACCUCCACAGCAGUUAUCACCACGGGGGCGGGGGGGUGCGUGUGUUUGAUUACAUUUAUACCACAACAGACCUGGGACCCAUCCCCUUGAGGGUAGUUUUUCGCUGAUGGGCAUCUUUUGGAUGGGGCAGAGGAUCGAUUGCUAAGGUCAGGUAUUUCAGACGUUUCUUAGCCAGAAUAAGCUAGCUAACUCACUCCACCCAGAAUCUAUCUCAUUUUUCGCUAGUAAUGUUGAAAGUAGCUUUCGAAGGUCAGUGCUUUUCAACCUGGGCUGAAAGGCCAAUGGAAAAAUAACACCAAGUUGUCAAAGAGCUUAUCUCAGAAAGUGGUAAAAUGAAAGCGCCUUUGUAGGAAUCCAGCUUUAUGCAAAAAUGGUUUAUUUCAGCGCAAUCCCUAAAUGAGAGUACAAGUGGAAGAACUUAAGACUUGUAUUUAGGGCUUCCUUGGCAGCCUAAACGAGUCAGAUUGCUUUGUGAGAGCAGAAAUUUCUCCUCUUUGAAUGAGAGAGCACAAAUCAAACAUGGGCUGACUAGAACACAAAACAUUACCUUCUGAUUUAAAAGGCAGUUCCUGCUUCAACAGCAUGUUAAAUAGUAUGUGAAGCUUUUGAGUUACUUUACCGCGUCCAUCUGUCCUUUUAUUCAUCCAGCGACCCCCGUGGCGCUUUUGGGCCUAACGUUAGGUGUAUUUUGAUUUGGCACAAAGCAUGUACAAUGACGGUUCCUCACCUAAGAAAUAAGCAAAAACCUUUGGACACAAAUGACACCUCCUUUUGUUUUGUAGUGUACCAUGGUGUCAUUUUCUGUGAAUGUGGUCGGAUCUUUUUGUUGGUUUUGGUUUGUUUCUCCCCCCGUCUUUUUUGUGGGGUGGGUAGGGUGGGGGGUUAAAGCCAUAGGAAGAAAAAAAAUGUGAUGUACGUGUCCAGUCUGUACUUUUUUGUUUUUGUUUUGCAAGAAGAGUUGAAAAAUAUUUUUGAUAAUGAGUAAAUGGUGGAAAAUGCUUCUUAGUAUUCUUGUCUUUAUUUGCCAACCCAAGUACCUAAGAUCUGUGUUUUUUAGCCCUCAUGAGAUUUAACGAUGUCCUAUUAAAAUGUAUUUAGUUAAACUUGUAUGUGAUUUUUGUGUUGACCCAAAAGGAUUCUACCAUUUUCUAAUUUGGUGGUUUGAUGGUGACCUACUAAUGUAAAUCUGUUUUAUUAGUCCACUACGUGUAAGAAAAGUAGCCAAACCGGAGUCUGGUUUGAGGGGAGCGAACUGCACAGCAUGGGUUGUGUCCGACUGCUUUUGCAGAGCUGUUAAGUUUUGCUGAGAUUGUUUGCUGGUACAUUUGUUAGGACUUUCAUUAAAUUAAAUACAGAGUACCUUUGCUCCAGAGAUGCGGGAGUACCUGGAAUCCUUACUAUCUCACUGCUGCAUUCAAUAUGGUACCAAAAGUCGGAGAAUUUAGGUCAAGCGUGUUUUGGAACUGUUGACAGGAAAACCCUGACCAUUGAUGUAAAAUUGCAAAUGGUAGAUUCAGGUUGUUUCUAAAAACAUUUCCUUUUAUGCUGCCACGUUCUUG